AGUCUGUCUCCCAUCACUGCAUCCCUGCUGAGCCUCGCUCCCAAUGGGAUCCGUGGUGCUGGCACUGUACCUCCUGGCUGUGGCUCUCCCAUGCCUGGCCACUGCCACGCUGCGCAUUGGUGCCUUCAACAUCCAGGCAUUCGGUGACACCAAGAUGUCCAACGAGGAAGUGGCGGGCAUCAUCAUCAGUAUCCUGAGCCGCUACGAUGUGGUGCUGGUGCAGGAGGUGCGCGACUCCGACCUCAGCGCCGUCACCCAGCUCAUGGAGCAGCUCAACAGUUUGUCCACGUCCCCAUAUGACUAUGAGAUCAGUGGCCCCCUGGGACGGGACAACUACAAGGAGAUGUACCUCUUCAUCUACAGGACAGACGUUGUGUCUGUGGUGGACACCUACCAGUACGAGGAUCCCCAGGAUGUCUUCAGCCGGGAGCCGUUCAUCCUGAGGGUCUCAGCACCCAACACCAGUAAGCAGGGUGACAAACGGCCCCGGGUGGUGCAGGACUUUGUGCUGGUGCCACUGCACUCAGCUCCACAUGAUGCUGUUGCUGAGAUUGAUGCUCUCUACGAUGUCUACCUGGCCAUUGUCAACAAGUGGGGGACCGAUAACAUCAUGUUCCUGGGGGACUUCAACGCCGACUGCGCCUAUGUGCAGCAUGGUGACUGGUCAUCCAUUCGCCUGCGCACCAGCGACAUCUUCAAGUGGCUGCUCCCGGAUGGCACUGACACCACGGUGGGGAGGUCAGACUGUGCCUAUGACAGGAUCGUGGUGUGCGGCGCCAAGCUGAAGAGAAGCAUCGUGCCCAAUUCCGCUGGUAUCUACAACUUCCAGCGUGCUUUCCAGCUGGAGCAGGAAGAGGCCCUGGCAGUCAGUGACCAUUACCCAGUCGAGGUGAAGCUGACAGCUUGAAUUGUCCUGUGGCCUCAGACCACGAUCCAGAUCCAGCUCCCACCACCAACCCUGUGAAGCCACCCCCUGCAGCCCCAUCCACCAUCCCUGUACAAGGGCUGCUUCAGAUCCUGGUCUGGAGAACGGUCGCAGCCAGUCACCAGCCAUGCCCAGACCCCUCAGCCCACCACGGACGAGAGCCUGGGGACAGGCCACAGUCAGGAAGCGGUGACCACCGACAGGCUGGGAAUGAAGCAUCCAUCUCCUACCUCAUUGAAGACUUUAUUGACAAAUCUCUUUUCAUGAUUAACUGUUGGAUAGAAGGGAGGACAUCCAAGGACCAGAGGGCUCAGGCCACAGCGGUGUCAUGACCCUCUCCCUGUCUGUUCCUCAGGGAGCUGAGCAGACUGCUCUCCUGCUCUCAGGAAAGGCAGCAGUGGUGUCAGGCACUCUAUGGGG